AUGACAAUUGGACACGAUCGGAUCUGUCGAGCUCAGUACCAACACUUUUACGUGCUCUCCGAGACACGAAAGUGCAACAACACCAACUUUCCGAUCGACUGGUUGGACGGGCUGAUGAUGAUAGUUUCUAAACAGAAAAACUAUUUUUGGCCUGACCUAGGAUCCAGGGAUCUGCAGCUGCAUUUGUUUCUUACAUUUGAGAUUUUAAUUUCUUCGAUGAGAGGAAGACGCUUUGUUGUGAUGGUGAGUUUGUCCGGAGCCGUGUGCAUUCAAAUGAUCGCUAUAGUUAUGGGAGAACCUACGAUUUUUCUAAUAGAAUCUACUGGAAAUGAAGUUAUAUCGUACAAUUAUCCUUUCGUCUCGCGCUCCCAAUGGCAUGCACGUAUACCCAAAGCGAAGGAUCCUCUGCCUUCACCCGUGCCUUACGUCGUCAUUCACCACUCACACUCGCCUCCUGCGUGUUACGACGCACCUCAUUGCAAACGAGCCAUGCGAAGUAUGCAGAACUUCCACAUGGAUGAUAGAGGCUGGAAUGACAUCGGAUAUCAUUUUGCUGUGGGUGGGGAUGGCGUGGCGUACGAAGGCAGAGGUUGGGGAGUCCUGGGAGCCCACUCGUUACACUUCAACAACGUCAGCAUCGGCAUUUGCCUCAUCGGAGACUGGACAAAUUCCGUGCCGCCAUUGCAACAAUUGAAAACAGCACAAGCUUUGAUCGCCUCCGGAGUAGAGCUGGGGUUCGUCAAACCUGAAUACAAACUCGUGGGCCACAGGCAAGUGAGGGAUACUGAGUGCCCUGGUGAUGCUUUAUACAAAGAAAUCCAAAGUUGGCCGCAUUACACAUCUUUUCCAUCCUCCUAUCGAGAUUUAGAUGUAAUUUUACAAGAAGCAGGGUUU